UGGAUCCAAAACGCUCCGGAUGCCCCUGACCUGGGUCUCCUCCUUUUCCAACGUCCUCGAAUCCAAGCUACCCGCCCAAAGGGGCAAACCCAUAAUAACCCCCUACUGCACGCCCAAAUGCUCCGCCGCCGCCGCGCCCCGCUCCUCCUCGCGGCCGCGGCGGGCGCGGCGCUGGCGGCCACGUCCACCGCCUCCCCUUCCACCGACGGCCUCGGCGCUCCCUCCACGCUCCACGGCGUCGCCCGCUCCUCCCGCGCCAUUUACACGAUUGGCUUCGUGGUCCUGGACUACAAAUACUCGCUGCGGGGGCUGGUUCCUGGGUCGGCAGAUUACCGGGGUUCACUUGAGGUCAGCAAAAAAGCUACUUAGACUAUGUAAAGUGAACAGAGGAUUUUAUGUAAAAGCUGGUCAGUUUGUUUCAUCACUAAGACAAGUACCAAAGGAGUACAUAUCUACUCUCUCCUGCCUGCAGGAUCAGGCAACUCCAUGCAAAUAUCAAGAUAUCAAAAUAGUGAUUGAACAAAAUUUUGGCAAGGAUUUACAUGACAUAUUCCUGGAAUUUGAUGAACAUCCGAUCGCUGCUGCAUCAAUUGCUCAGGUUCAUCGAGGUCGGUUGAAUAAUAAUCAGGAAGUAGCUGUAAAGGUUCAGUAUCCUGGGUUGGAGCGGCGAAUGAAGCUAGACAUAAUGACUAUGUCUCUCUUGUCAAAAUAUGUCUCUUUGAUCUUUCCUGAUUAUAGGUUUGAGAAAAUAUUACUUGAAUUUGAGAGAACCAUGUCAAUGGAACUGGAUUUUACCCAAGAAGCUAAGAAUUCCGAGAGAACUGCAAGAUGCUUCAGGAAAAAUGAUGUUGUCAAAAUACCUCAUGUGUUUUGGGAACUGACAACCAAGGAGGUCUUAACAAUGGAAUUUUGUACCGGCCACAAGGUUGAUGACUUGGACUUCCUAAGGAAGGCAGAUAUCAGCCCAACAAAGGUAGCUAAAGCAUUAAUCGAACUGUUUGGUGAAAUGAUAUUUAUACAUGGUUUUGUUCAUGGUGAUCCUCAUCCUGGAAACAUAUUGGUUUCUCCUCGAGGCCAAGGGAGAUUUUCAUUAGUUUUGUUGGAUCAUGGCAUUUAUAAAGAAUUGGACCCAAAGUUUAGACUGGACUAUUGUAAGCUGUGGAAAGCAUUGAUAUCGCUGGAUGUGCCAAAAAUUCUGGAGUUAGGUGAACAGUUUGGUGUCGGAAAAUAUGCAAAGUACUUCCCUUUAAUAUUCACUGGAAGGACUAUAUACAGCAAAUCAGCUCUUGGAACACAAGUAUCUGGUGAAGAGAAGACACGUAUAAAGCAAGACUUGAGCUCUCUUGGAAUGGAUGAUAUAUCUUCAUUUAUGGAAUCCUUGCCGCCUGACUUUCUGGUCAUACUUCGAACAGAUGGACUAUUGAGGUCCAUUUUAGGGAAUCUAGGGGCCCCACGUCAUGUUCGACUUCUUGCUUAUGCAAAGUGUGCCAUAUAUGGCCAUGAGGAACAGUCCAGAUUGGAGUCUGGUGCAAUCAACCGUCUAUCGUUGCGAGUCAAAACAAGCAUCAGCUAUCUCCAUCUGAGGAUACUCAUUGAACUAGCGAGGUUGUUGGUGCAGUUUAUUGACUACAAGCAUAAGAUCAAGGACAAAUUGAGUUGGAUGCUCCUGAAGAUAAGUCGAGAUGUUUUGGGUUGGUACAAACCUCUGAUGUGAUGUCCUGCAGCUGAACAAGUUUGGCAAAUGGGGGGCAGGAAGCAGGUCGUGCACGUCUGAAGGGAACUCGCAGCUGGAUUCAGCAAAUUGUACAAUUACUACCUCCAUACCAAAAUAUAAGACGUUCUUGUAGGCUAAAUACGGAGGUAAUAGAUGGCUGGACGCUGAUGCUACUAAGUUUGUGUUGACUUCUACUUUUAUGUACAUGUGGUCCACAUAUAUACUCUGCUAGAAAUUUAGAUGUUUAUCAGGAGUAGUACCCUGUGUCAGUGUCACCCUUUUUUUUUCUGCGGGGGAGUGUCACAGAGAGAAUUCACAUGUCCCUCAAGAAAAAAAAAGAAUUCACAUGCACGUACAGUCUACCUGUUAUGUUUGACUCGGAGUGGUAAGUAUCAUGUCAGUGAUUAUUGUUACCUCAAAAUUUUUAUUGUUUUUAAAUUUA